CCCGCUGCGGUGGCCGGGCUGGGAAGAUGGCGGCGCUCGUGUCGCCCUUGGCUACAGCGCUGUGGCUGCUGCGGGCUCCGCGGCGCUGCGCCCGCCUGCUCCCGGCGCUCAGAGCAUACACAGCUCAGGCAGAGAAGAAGACAGGCCCUGGUACUCCUACAGAUGCUCAUGCCAGAGCCUUAUUGGUUUGCAAUGGACCUUUAGAACAUUAUGACUUUCUGAUUAAGCAAGAAGAGCUGAAGAAUGAUGAGCAACAAAGAAGAGUUGUGCAGCACCUGCAGAAGUUGCAUGAGAGCCUUAAAGGCUACAACAUUGAUUCAAAAAAUCUUUUCUCAAAGCUCCUUGCCAAAAACAAACCCCAAGGUGUUUAUGUCUAUGGAGAUGUUGGCACAGGAAAGACAAUGGUGAUGGACUUGUUCUAUUCUCACUUAGAAGUAGAAAGAAAAAAGAGAGUCCAUUUUCAUGGUUUCAUGUUGGAUGUACACCAGAGAAUACAUCGCCUUAAGCAGAGCUUGCCAAAGAGAAAGGCGGGAUUUAUGGCCAAAUCAUAUGACCCAAUUGCACCAGUGGCAGAGGAAAUAAGCAAAGAGGCUGCUCUCUUGUGUUUUGAUGAAUUUCAGGUCACUGACAUUGCUGAUGCCAUGAUUCUGAAGCAGCUUUUUGAAAAUCUCUUCCAAAAUGGGGUUGUCGUUGUGGCAACAUCUAACAGGCCGCCAGAAGAUCUCUAUAAAAAUGGUCUUCAGAGAGCUAAUUUUGUACCAUUCAUUGCUGUGCUGAAGAAAUACUGCAACACAGUCCAGCUUGAUUCUGGAAUAGACUACAGGAAACGAGUGCUUCCAGCUGCUGGAAAACUUUACUACCUCACAAGUGAAGCUGAUGUGGAGGCUGUCAUGGAUAAGUUGUUUGAUGAGCUGGCUCAGAAACAAAAUGAUUUAACUAGACCAAGGAUUCUAAAAGUGCAAGGCAGAGAGCUGAGGCUGAAUAAAGCGUGUGGAACCAUUGCAGACUUCACGUUUGAAGAGCUAUGCGACAGACCUCUUGGAGCCAGUGACUAUUUGGAAAUAUCAAAGCAUUUUGACACAGUGUUCGUUCGUGACAUACCACUUCUUACAAUAGCGAAAAGGACACAAGCUCGUCGUUUCAUUACUCUUAUUGAUACCUUUUAUGAGCAUAAGGUGCGUAUUAUCUGUUCUGCAGUGACUCCUCUCGAAAGCUUGUUCCUGGCAGAACACAGCAGUGGUCAGCAAGAGGACAACAGAGUGUUGAUGGAUGAUUUGGACUUGAGCCAGGAUUCUGCCAAAGGACUCUCCAUGUUUACAGGAGAAGAGGAAGUCUUUGCCUUUCAGCGUACUCUGUCGCGGCUUACAGAGAUGCAAACUGAACAGUACUGGAAAGAUGGGGACAGAAGCAAAAAAACAUAAUUAAAAGUUGAAUGAAAUCACCAAGAAGUAAAAGUACAGCAUUGGAAAGAUUUUUAGCACAACUGAAAUAAUAAUUGCACUUUAUCAUCUGGACCAUGUUUUCUUUCAUCAAUUGUCUUUCAAGUUUAAGGCACAAUGACUUAGCUAUUUUUUUGUACCACCAGUGUGUGGACAUGUGAAAUUUGGCCUUCAUUUGCUCUUCUUCAAGCCUGGCUGGAUGGCCUGGCCCAGAGAGUGAUGGUGAAUGGAGUUGCAUCCAGCUGGUGGCUGGUCACCAGUGGAGUUUCCCAGGGUUCAGUACUGGGGCCAGCCCUGUUUAAUAUCUUUAUCCAUGAUAUGGAAAAAGGGAUUGAGUGCACCCUCACUAAAUUCACAGAGGAUGCCAAGUUGGGUGGGAGUGUUGAUCUGCUGGAGGGUGGGAAGGCUCUGCAGAGCAAUCAGGACAGGACAGGCUGGAUCAGGCCUGGGCCAAGGCCAAUUGUAUGAGACUCAAUAAGGCUAAGUGCUGGGUCCUGCCCUUGUCUCCCAACAACUCCCUGCAGUGCUACUGGCUGAGGGAAGAGUGACUGAAAAGCUCAUCAGUGAAAAAGGGCCUGGGGAUGCUGGUCAACAGCGGCUGAACAUGAGCCAGCAGUGUGCCCAGGGGGCCAAGAAGGUCAAUGGCAUUCUGGCCUGUCUCAGGAAUAGUGUGGCCAGCAUGACAAGGGCAGCAAUUGUCCCCCUGUAUUGGGUACUGGUGAGGCUGCGCCUCAAAUCCUGUGUUCAGUUCUGGGCCCCUCACUACAGGAAGGUCCUUGAGGUGCUGGAGUGAGUCCAAAGAGCAACAAAGCUGGUAAAGGGUCUGCAGCACAAGUCCUAUGAGGAGUGGCUGAGGGAGCUGCGGGUGUUUAGCCUGGAGAAAAGGAGGCUCAGGGGAGACCUUAGCACUCUUUAAACUGCCUGAAAGGAAGUUGUAGCCAGGUGGGGGUGGGUCUCUUCUCCCAGGCAGCUGGCAACAGGACGAGAGGACAUAGCCUCAAGCAGCACCAGGGGAGGUUCAGGUUGGACAUCAUGAAGAGUUUCUUCACUGCAAGGGUUGUCCAGCAUCAGAACAGGAUGCCCAGGAAGGUGGUGGAGUCACCUGCUAGAAUCCUGGAACUCCUCUGUAGUGUGUUAUGUUUUGGGUUUUUUUUCUGUUUUCUGAGUCUAGCCAUCUGCUUGCUUUCAGGCUCUAGGAGUUUUUUGUAAUCAGACUGUUGCUCAGUCUGGUUCAUUCAAGACUAAUGGUUUGAACCAAGAGAGAACCCUGAGGAGGAGCUUGAAGGUACUUGAAACUGCACAGGAUUAAGAUUUAAGUGAUUGAUGGGAAAAGAGACUAUGAUAAGUCAGGGUAUGCUGUAACAUAAAUGCCAGUUAAUACUCUUUCUAAAUUUUGUGGUUCUUGCAAGUCUGGAUAUGCUGCCUCUACACCAGUGACAUAUCUGUACCCUGAAUUUUCUCAGGCUUCAUCUAUACCAAACCUUCCACCGCUGCUAAUACACCUGCCCUGAUCUGGGGAGAGUAGUACACAGUACUACUGAAGCAAUUCAUCAUAUUACAAUAGGAGUGUGUUUUAUGGAAAAGGUGGGAUAGUAACUGAUACCUCAAGACACAUCAUCCAUCCUUGUGCUUGUAGUUGAAAAUUUUAUAUUUUAGUUAAAAAUGCAAUGGUGUCAUUCUUGAUUUUAAUCUCACUGAAACAAAACAUGACAUUGUGUGUAUUCACUUACAGUGUAUUUUUAUAAACAGUCAUUUUAAGGGCGUAUUUAGAAAUUUUGAGUAGGAAAAAAAUGUAGAUGGACUGAAAAGAUUGCCUUCAUCUCUUAGGGAGGAGAUAUGUAACACACUGCCCCCCAAAGUUGAGGGGUUUUCUUGGAUUUUGCAACAUGACCUAUGACCUUUUUCUAUCUGUUACCAAACAUUUUUUGUUGCCUUUGUUAAGCCUGAUCAAAUUGUUUCAGUCAUAGCCCCCACCACAAUUACAGAAAGCUUUUAAAAGGACCUUCUGGGCAGCAGGGAGGGCUGGAGAGUCCUGUGCACUUGCCUGUCUUAUGGAGCCACAUACUCAAGUCUGGUUUUCUGUUCUGAUCCCUUCUGUUGGUCCUGGAAUUUACUUAUACUGGCUAUACCUGUUCUUCAAAUAAUGUUUAAAGCCUAUAUUUAUAGUUUGCAACUCAUGCAAUUAUGUUAUUAUUCCCAGAAGAGUGACUACCACAGAGAAUUUUAAUGCAUAUUUAUGAAAACUUUAUGAAAGAGAAUACGUUGCUUAUACUUGAAAGUAUACAAAUAAUUUGUGUAUGUUUUCAGAGAUUUGGAUUAAGUUUCUCAACAGAGGGACUAUAGAGAUUCAUGCAUGUGUGUCUGUAUAUACAAACACAUAUGUAUAUUUAAUUUAUAUGUAUAUAUAUAAAUCUAGAUAAGACUAAUAUAUAUAAUUUAAGUGUGUGUGCUUCUAUAUUUAUACAUGACAGUCUGUACUUAUCAGCCUGGGUCUGUGCUGAUAACUUGCCUGAAGCUUCAGCCUUGACUUUUUUCCAGUAGCAUUCAAAUGCCUCUUGCCUUCUCUGAACCAGAGUGUGUUGUGGGAAAAUGGGAGAUGGUGGUAGAUACCCUAAAGCACUUUGCAUCUGGAUAUUUAUUUAUAUUCUUUUAAAAACUGUUUAUGUGUUUAGCUUGUAUGUCCUCCUCUGUCAUGUGGUACAGGGGAAGUGCAUAAUCUUGCAGAACACAGGUGAGAUGUUUGGGAUGUGUGAGCGAAGAGGUCCUGGCAGGUUCUGCAUUCCCAGAGAGACUGUUUUGGGACAGGGAAGUGAAGUAUUUUUCCACAGUCUGUGUGGGUGGUGACUGACUUCCUUUAACCAGGGAAUCCCUGUUCGUGUUCAAACUGUUGCUGCUUUGCCAAUUGUUAUUUGAGGCUUUCCUGCAAUCUGAGUGCACACCCCGAACUCGGAUGCCCCAGGUUUUUGGAAGCUCCUAAAUGCAGUGGGACUGAUGUAUCAUUGAAAGCCUCUGAGGAUAUAGGUGAGCUCCAUCGAACCACAGGAGGAAAGUUCCCAAAAGCCUCCAGAGCCAGUGCUGCUUCCAGGGCAUAUUGCUAAAUAAAACCACAGUGCAGUCUUUCCUUGGCCAGCAAGGAAGCCACCUGUUAGGAGUCACCGGUAGGUACCAUCAGUAAUCAAGGAGAAGAAAUGGGGAAGAUUCAGGAAGUGUUUUAGGGCUGAAAACAAGAAAAGCUGCUUAAAUCACUGUGCAGUAUUUGUGCUUGCACUGCAGAGGGUGGAUUGCCACUUUUGGGUCAGGCCCGUAAGGAGACAGGUUUGUCAGCCAGCCCAGAUGCCGGGGUGGAGAUUCACCCAGGAACCGCAGAAGAAGCACAUUUAUGUCCGUCUACCUCCCCAAAGAAAGUGAGGCCCUAUUUGCUUAUUUUAUGAUGCUGCUAAUGAUGCUGUAGUGUGUGUAAUGUUCUUUCUAUUGCUGAGUUGGGGGCACUGCUUCUGAGGUCAGACAACUUCAUGCAAUUGGCACUGGCCAGAAUCUUGCACUGGGGCACCGUGAACAACGCUGGGUAUGUCCUGCCCAGGGUGCUGGGUCACCUGUGCUGUCCUGUGCCCUGCUGCCUGGCCUGCUCCUAGCUGCUAUGAGACAGCAGUGGUCCAGGACUUUUUAUUCCUACAUUAAGAUGGUGUAUUUGCCAAAAUGAAAACAGUAAGAUGCCUGUGAGUAAAUUAUGCACACUCCAUAACGGCCUUAAAAAUUGCUGGACGCUUCUAUCCCAAGUUCAAGUUCUGCCUUUUUAGAUUUUCCUUAACUUGCAAAUUCACGUAAUCUCAAAUCUAAAACAAGUUUUUAUUUCCUUUAGUUACUCAGCAAACGAGUUAUUUUUAAAGGUCUUUUCAAGUAACUUUUAAUAUUGAUGUGCUAUGAUAUUUUGCUGUCACAGGAGGUAAAAUACUUGGGAUUAUGGACCAUGUGAAACAUUUCAUGUUGGUUUCUAAAAGUCACGUCCUGGCUGAGAAUCUCUUAACUAACUUCUUUCAAAUACUCGAUUGACAAAGGAAUGUUCACAAUGCCCAAAAAUUUAACUUUUUUUGUUUUUUAAAUAAAUAAUGCAGUUCUGUCUUUCAGAGUUACUGGUUUUCAGUAUUUGUUUUUGCACAGAUUGAGGGAACAAUUGCAGUAUUUUGGGUAGAACAAGACAGCCUUCCAAAGGCUUUGGAGGGACUGAAGAUCUUUUGGAUGGAUGGAUGGAUGGAUGGAUGGAUUGAAGCAUGUUUUGCUGUGGCUGGUUUCUGAUCUGAAAAGGAAAACCGUUAGUGACUUUUUUUUGAGUAAAGUUGUUCAUGAUGACACUACAGCUGGAUAGCUGUCACCUGUUUUUCAGCAAUCUAAACACGAAAAGGAACAACUGACCAGGUUUCAAACAAUGCUCAGCACGGUCACCAACCCUCUAACAAGGAGGAAGAACAGUCUCUCCAUCAAGACCUGGCUAACAGGAUCAAGAUUCAUGAUUUUAAUUUCUGCAGUUGCCUGGAUCUCGAUACGCCUGGUGCCUCAGUUUCCCUGUUGAUAAAAUAGGAAUGAUGUUACUUUCUUAUUUGCUAACUCUGGAGUGCUGCCAGGCUUCCCUCAUUAAUAUUCUAAGAUGCUUGCUCAGACUCUGGGAGGAAAAUACUUCAGUAAAGUAUGUAAAUAGUGCAAAAAAAUAAUUUAGCUACUCAAAGUGGAUUAGUCUCCUUGUUUGGGUUACAGAAUUAAUGCCAUCAACUAAACACCAUGUGCCUCUUUGUAGUGAUGGUUUUUUUAAAAUAAUGCAUCUAUUUUAAGAGUCUAUUUAAAGAAAAAAUAUUUGGAUUUGUGAAUAAAACCCUAAACCAUUUGUAUAGAUUUUCUUUUAGUUGUAAUGACAAAUUUCCUAUAUGAUUCAUUACAAGCUUAGCUCCUAUAUUUGUGAAAUACAGUAGCUUUGCAAAUUCUGUUGGGAUUUUCCUUGUAUACUGAGCUUUUUUUUAAAAAUAUGUCAUUUUGAAUCUAAUAUAUAACAAACUGAACACUGUCAAAUCCUUCUGUUAUUUGAGAAUAACUUAUGUUGUAAAUAAAAAAAAUAAUAAAUCCA